AUGAACAGAAAAUCCCACAGAGACGUCCACAUAUUAUGCCCCGUGUCGUGUUACUGUCUGUGUCCGUCCACCCGUUCGUCCACAGCCAGUCCCAUCUCCCUGAUCUUCCCGAAGCAGCACACGGAGCCUGGAGUCCCGAACACCCUCAUCUGCUUCGUCAACGACUUCCAUCCGCCCGUGGUCGACAUCAGCUGGAACAGGAACGGGCAGCCGGUGGACGAGAGCGAGUUCAGCCAGACUCAGUACUACUCCAACAGCGACUUCAGCUUCCGCACCUCCUCCUACCUGGACUUCACCCCGGAGGAGGGCGACAUCUACUCCUGCAGCGUGGCCCACGUCAGCCUGCAGGCGCCGCUCACCAGGUUCUGGGGUGGGUCUGUGAAUAAUACCAGUUCCACAUGUGUGAGUCGGUCAAUGGGUGGUCGACUUUUAUUCAUUUGAGCAUUGACAAUACAAUUUAAAGAUUAUGUUUGUUGUUUUGUUGCCACACGUCACCAGAAGUCACUCAGAUUAAAAUCAAGGUCCAUGAAUUAUCUCUGGGAAAUCUGUUAAAAAUGUCAA